AUGGAAUGCGGCAAUGCUGACAAUUCAUACAGAUCGGAUACUCAACUAACUGACGGCGACAACGAGGACUCUGCGGCGAACGGGGAAGUAACGCAGAUAUUUUCGCAGACCCCCGAAGGAUUCAACCGAUACAAGCGCCCUUCCACAAGAGGACCAGAUGUGGACUCGGACAUAGGAUUCACUUCGCCGACGCCUGUCGGAUCGUACAACUCAAUCUAUCUCCAUGACACGACCGAUGGAAUGGACGGCUCUGAUGGCGACUCAGAAAGUCGGCCAGAUGUGCUUUUCCGCAAACGCAAGAAAACCGGCAAAAAGGGAAACUCUUCGCAGGGCUACUUUGGGGCCGGAUAUCACUCCAGCUCGUCGCACUUGCCCUCUCCGACAAAUGAGAUGGUCGACACGAAAAACGAGCCGGAGCCACUCUCCAACGAAGAGGACAAUGCGCCGCUUUUCCCGUUCUCCAUUCCGAACAAGAAAGUCCUACUAAAGACGAGGCCGAAGCUGGUGAUUCUAGAGCAGCCGAGCAGACAGCACAGGGCGCGCUACGAGUCAGAAGGUUCUCGGGGAGCAGUAAAAGAUGCGACGACGGACGGAUCCCCAAAAAUUCAGCUUCUCGGCUACAAUGAAUCCAGCGUGGACGUAUUUAUCUUCGUCUGCAAUGACAAAGGGUCACCUAAGCCUCAUCUUUACUUCUCAGCUUGCAAAAUCGCCAGCAGGACGUCAACGCCUUGCGAUGAAACGGAAAUAACGAUCGAAGGGAUUCGUACUCGUGCGAUCAAGAUCACUCUGUACCCGAAAGACAACAUGAUCGGCACUGUCGACUGCGUCGGAAUUCUGAAAAUGCGCAACGCGGAUGUCGAGAAUAAGUACAAGCAACAGUUGAACAAGAAUAUGACGAGGAAGAAGAACAACUCCAUUGUUCGGAUGGCGUUUCGAGCCACGAUUCCAGAGUUCUCUGGCGACGAGUCCGUUCGUAAACAUGUUGAAGUAUUGUCGACGACAAUUCAAUGCUCGCAACCAGAGGGUCAGCCAGAAAUACUCGAUCUAAGCACUAGCCAGGGCAAUCCAGAAGGCGACGAGAAACUGAUCCUUAUUGGGAAGAAUCUCAACAAGAACUGCGAGAUCAUUUUUUCGAGCGAGACGUGGACUGCUGCCGCUCGAGCAAACUCGGACUUCCCAUCUUCCAAGGACCAUUUAGUCGUUUGGACCCCGCGUUAUCACGACACCCAGAUUCAGCACGAUGUUCAAGUCGAAGUGAGAAUCAAGCACGGAGGGAAAGUGUUGGAUCCUUACCCGAAGCCUUUCACCUACAAAGCUAAUACUCCUAACAAUGUGUUGGGACUUAUCCAAGAGCAAAUUCAAAAAGGACUUCAACUAAAUCUCAACCGGUCGUCUCUCCUUCAGCUGGAGAAGAUUAUGACCCUGGCGCAGCAUGGCUCGCUCAGUAAUUCUUCAUUCCAAGACGAUGAUCAGAUGGAUGCCAAGAGUGGCUCAAGCUCGCUUACACCAAAGCAAGAGCGCGAUUUAAGCAAUCAGUUCUCUCCAAUUUCCGCUGGAAUGGGAUCCGAGAGUGGUGCGUCUCGCGCCGAAUUCUCGCCAAUCGAGAGUCAAAUGUCGUCUCAACUCUCGUCUCCGCGAACUGGCGUGUCCGGAUCUAUUCACAUUCAGUCUUCGCCCAUCGAUUUCAACAAACAGCCACCUCACCCAGAUCUUGCUGAUCAAAUCGAUACACAAGAAACCCCCACAAACGAAGUUAUUCCAGAGCCGAAUCAGUUUUAUCCUGAGCCAACUGGAUUUAACCUUGACGAACAUUAUAAUGAUCACUCCUUUUCAUCUCAAGAACCGCAAACUUCUCUUGAUCCUACUUCUCCCUCCGCCGCCAUCGCCAGCUCCUUCAACGAUAUUCACUUCCAAGCUGAAGAUAGACUCGAUCAGCACAAUUACACAUCUCAGAAUUUUCAGCAACAAUCUUCUAGCAAUUCAUUGUUCACUUCAACCCCUCAAGUUCAACCACAACAGCAGCAUCCUCAAGUUCAACAAGCACCACCCACAGCACAAACCCAGGAACAAACCCUAAACACUGACGAUUCGUGUAGCAAUCCAACGUACGCAAAACACAAAGUGAAUCUUCUCCCGGAGGAAGAUGUCUACAAUUCUCUUCAAACCUCAUGUUCUUCUAUCAAAGACGAAAACAAAGAGCACUUCAGCAAUGUACCAUUUAAUCUCGAAAACGAACUGAUGCAAAUGAAAGAUAUAAAACCUCUAACACAGACGAGCACCCAGCAAGAACUCUCAUACAUCGAUAACCAACCACCGAACCCAUCGUCUUUUUCGCAGAUGCCUGCCAGCUGGACUCAACCUUUGAAAAAUGAAACUCCGAUCGAGCUGGAGCCGGAAAUCCAGCAAGUUCAUGUCAAUUUUGCGCAACCAUCUGAGCAGAGCAUCUCUUCGCAAAUGGAGAUCCAGCAACAAACAGAGAUUGCGAACAAUCAAGAUGUGCCAUGGUCCACCAAUGUGCAACCUACUGUUUCCAGUGAAGUUCCCUCGCAGUUGUCAGGUGCUACCGGCUCCAUAUCUGUAACGCCAGUUAACGAGAACCAGUACGAGCCAGUUCCAACGCCGCAGACAGAUUCCAUCAGCUGGAGCAAAACUUCAUCGAGAGCGCUGCCUGAGACAGACGUAAUUAUGUCCACCCACUCAUCUAAUCCGGAGACUCAGCAGGAAAGUACGAUCUCCAUGACCAGAGAUGAAAUCCACCAAGCCAUUUCGAAUGGAACGGCUGUUAUUGUGGAAACGAAAAUCAACCCACACCACCAGUCCGACCAAACUCUCGGUGGUUGGAGCAACGCGCCGCCAGCCCCUUCCCAGGCAUCCGACCAGUCUUUCGAAUCGAUCUUUCAACAAGCUACUCCUUGA